UUUUAUUAUUGUUUCUUUAAUAAUAAUACUAAUUCAUAUUCACUUUCACUUUCCUCUGUAAAACCCUAAUUUCCGAUUCCUCCUUUCUCUCUCAAGAAUUCGAAUUUUCGAUCCAUCCACUUUUUAAUCUCACAAAUUUUCAAAGGGAUCUAACUUCGAUUCUCGCUAUUCAAUCAAGAAUUUUUUUGAUUUCGAUUUCGAUUUUUGUAGGGUUUGAUAAGGAAAUCAAUUCUGUUUUCAUUCUUUAAACGGGGAAGGCUGGCGGGUAUUCGGGUCUAGUAAAUGGCGGAUCCGCCAAGUAUCCGCCUACUGAUUAUCGCUGGUUUAUCUGAAGAAGAAGAGAGUGGUGAGGUAAGAGAAGAGUGAGAAUUAAGCAGAAGAAGAAAAAGCAUGCUGAGCGUGCUACGUGUGCAUUUGCCGUCGGAUAUUCCAAUUGUUGGCUGCGAGUUAACGCCGUAUGUUCUUUUACGGCGGCCGGACAAGUCCAUCACUAAUGACGAUAUCCCUGAGUCUGCCCCGGUCGAUGGCCAUUUCUUGAGAUAUAAGUGGUAUCGGAUACAAAGUGAUAAAAAAGUUGCUGUAUGUAGUGUACAUCCAUCUGAGCAAGCUACAUUGCAGUGCCUAGGUUGUGUUAAGGCCAAAAUACCUGUUGCGAAAAGUUAUCACUGCUCUACCAAGUGUUUCUUUGAUGCAUGGCAGCAUCAUCGUGUCCUACAUGACCGCGCUGCAAGUGCAGUAAAUGAAAAUGGAAAUGAGGAGGAAGAAUUAUUCGGGCGUUUCAACAGCACUGGUUCUGGAGUUCUUAAUGCUACUUUAUCUGGUUCUGCAUCAGCAGCUAACUUGACAAAUGGUUCAGCACCUCUAUAUCCUGCAGCAGUCACACAAAGGAAUGGCGGUGAAACUUGGUUUGAAGUUGGACGUUCUAAGACAUAUACUCCAUCAGCUGAUGAUAUUGGCCAUGUUCUCAAGUGUGAAUGUGUUGUUGUAGAUGCAGAAACUAAUUUACCUGUAGGGCAUCCCAACACCAUUCUCACUUCCCGUGUGAUUCCUGCUCCCUCCCCUACUCCACGUCGCUUGAUCCCUAUAAGUGGAGCUGAUUUAAUGGGACAUGCGGAUUCAGAAGGCCGUAUUUCAUCCUCAGGAACAUUUACAGUGCUUUCUUACAACAUCUUAUCUGAUGUCUAUGCCACAAGCGAGGCAUACAGUUAUUGCCCAUCAUGGGCUCUUUCAUGGCCCUAUCGCAGGCAAAAUCUGCUACGGGAAAUUGUGGGAUACCGUGCGGACAUCGUCUGUCUUCAGGAGGUUCAAAGCGAUCACUUUGAUGAAUUUUUUGCCCCUGAGUUGGACAAACAUGGUUAUCAGGCUCUCUAUAAGAGAAAAACCAAUGAGGUUUACAGUGCAAAUACUCCCUCUAUUGAUGGUUGUGCAACAUUUUUCCGUAGAGAUAGGUUUUCACAUGUCAAAAAGUAUGAGGUUGAAUUCAAUAAAGCUGCACAGUCUUUGACUGAAGCUGUGGUUCCAAGUGCUCAGAGAAAAACUGCAUUAAAUCGUUUGGUCAAGGAUAAUGUUGCAUUAAUAGUGGUGUUGGAAGCAAAAUUUAGUAAUCAAGGAGCUGAUAAUCCUGGGAAGCGACAACUUCUUUGUGUUGCAAAUACACAUGUGAAUGUUCAUCAAGAUUUAAAAGAUGUGAAGCUUUGGCAGGUCCUUACUCUCUUGAAAGGUUUGGAGAAGAUAGCCGCCAGUGCAGACAUUCCAAUGUUAGUUUGUGGAGAUUUCAAUUCUGUUCCUGGAAGUGCUCCUCAUUCGCUUCUUGCUAUGGGAAAAGUAGAUCCAUUGCAUCCAGAUUUAGUGAUUGAUCCUCUUGGAAUAUUGCGACCUCACAGCAAGCUUACACAUCAGCUGCCACUGGUAAGUGCUUACUCAUCCUUUGCAAGGCAUGGUGUUGGUCUUGGUUUGGAACAGCAGAGGAGGAGAAUGGACCCUACAACAAAUGAGCCCUUGUUUACAGACUGCACUAGAGAUUUCAUUGGCACCCUAGAUUACAUAUUUUAUACAGCGGACUCAUUGACAGUGGAAUCUUUGUUGGAACUCUUGGAUGAGGAAAGUUUAAGAAAGGACACAGCCCUUCCUUCUCCAGAGUGGUCAUCUGAUCAUAUAGCACUUUUAGCUGAAUUUCGUUGCAAGCCUAGACCACAACGACGUUGACAAUAUUGGUUAGGUCUAGAGAUGAAAAAGACGGGAAGAAAGUAAGGGAAAUAGGUUAAAGUGUAAGAUGUGUUAGUGGGAAUGCUUGCUAUGAUGUUCUUUGUAUCAUAGAAAAAGUCAUGUUAUGCCUUAUAAUAUUCAAUCUUUUUUCAUUUGUUUUUACUGAUAGAAAUGGCCAUCUGCCGACUGUAUGUGCACUCUAAGCUUCCUGCAUAGCAAGUGGUUAGUGGCCCCCCCACUAGUUUUGGGUUUCCUCAUUUUCUGGCCAUCAAAAGAAAUAAAAAUUUCUACUUCUUA